AUGUACAGGUAUCGAUUAAUAUCGACUAUCUAUACUUUCCACGAUGAUGCCCUAUCGUUAAAAGGCAAGACAUAUAAUCUAUUUGAUAAUAAGAUGCUGACAAUUGUCUCGGACCGGGAGAUCAUAGGAAUUCCCUCAUCAUUUGAGAGCAUUCACGGAGCAAUAUCUGUUGGUGGAAGUGCUGAGAAAGACUUGGCACUGUUUUGUUUUGGAUCUGGAUCACUCACAUUGUACGCCAAUGUUUCUAAGAAAGGAUACUUACCAGGCGAAGUGGUGGAAGUGCACUGCAGUGUGGAUAACGAUUCAUCAGUAGAUGUGACCCCCAGACUAACACUAUAUCAGACACAGAUCUAUAUGUGCGGCGAAAGACAUAAAUCCCUGGAAGUGGCUCUCACUGAAUACAUGGUCGGCAACAAAGUCACGAGUGAGACAAAAAGUAUGGAAAGCCUAUUCGUGACCAUUCCUAAGAACGCCACGCUUACCAUCAAAAGCGCGAUCAUUACUAUUAAAUAUUUUAUUCAUAUCACACUUGAUAUCCCACACGCCAUCGAUUUGCACAUAAAUCUUCCAAUAAUUGUUACCAAUCGGUCGGCUCUGGGUAGUAAUUGAGGUAUAACUAAAUGCACAAAUUACAAUACCUAUACAAAUAUUCAGAUUUACACAAAUAUAGAAUUUGUUUAUUUAUCUAUAAACUAUAUUACACU